AUGACUUAUCUAGAUUCAGAAAAACCCAGAACAAGCAAAUUUUUUAAUGGCAAAGGUAUAAUUUAAUGAUGUAUAUAUUUGUUUAGCAAUUGCAUUAGAAAAAAUGAAUAGAUUUGAAGAAGCAUUGCAAUAUUAUGAUUCAGCUAUAGAGAAAAAUCCAGAAAAUUCAAGUUACUUCUACAAUAGAGGUAAUAUAAACAAUAGCCACUUUAGCAUUAACAUUAGAUAAAAUGAAUCAAUUUGAAGAAGCUUUAAAUUAUUAUGAUUUAGCAAUCUAGAUAAGUCCAUUAAAUCAGGAUUACUAUUAUGGUAAAGGUAAAAAGUAAACCGUAUAUGUUUGUAGCAGUGACUCUAUUUUAUACAAAGUUAGUAUUAAAAGAUAUAGAAUAUGAAUAGAUAGGAUGA